AUGGGACCGGCGAUUGAACCCACCGAGGCGCCCACGCGUGAGAUGCCGGAGGAGGCGGAGCUCACGUGGGACGCGGGCGAUAAGCAUCACGAGCCGGCGCUGGACGACGUCCCGGAACACAUCGUGACGAAGAAUCGGGCGGCGACGUACUUGGUGGGAGCGUUUUGUUUCCUCGGGUGCGUCUACGGGACGGCGGUGAUGGUCGAUAAGCCCUCGAAGACGCCGUUUGUGCCGAAGGAGUUUCCGUACAACGGGUUGGCGAAGGAGCUCGGACGCGAGUAG